UUGUAUCGGGACGUAAUGCUGGAAAACUACCAGAACCUUCUCUCACUGGGGCUUCUGGGGUCCAAACCCGACGUGAUCUUCCGUCUGGAGCGAGGGCAGGAGCCCAGGAUGGAGAAGAGAGAAGCCGAGCUAGCUACCUGUCCAGGAGAGAAACCCUACCUGUGCAAUGAAUGUGGCAAGACCUUUAUUCAGAGCUCAUCGCUGACAGAGCAUCAGAGGAUCCACACUGGAGAGAAACCGUACCAAUGCAGGGAAUGUGGGAAGGCCUUCACCCAGAGCUCCUCCCUCAUUAAGCACCAACAAUGCCAUGCUGGGGAGAAGCCCUAUAAAUGUGACCAGUGUGGGAAGUUCUACUGUCAGGUGUCCCACCUCACCCGGCACCAGAAAAUCCACACAGGGGUAAAGCCCUACAAAUGUGGCAAGUGUGGCAAGGCUUUCUGUCACACCUCCUCCCUUAUCCAGCACCAGACAAUUCACACUGGAGAGAAACCCUACAAAUAGAAUGAGUGUGGGAAAAGCUUCAGCCACAGCUCAUCCCUGACCCAGCAUCAGCGGGUUCACACAGGAGAAAAAUCUGAGUGUUCUGAGUGUGGCAAAGCCUUCAGCCACAGUUCGUCCCUGACUCAGCAUCAGAGAAUUCACACUGGCAAGAAGCCCUAUGAAUGUAAUGAGUGUGGGAAGGCUUAUAGGCAGAUUUCACACCUCAUGAGGCACCAGAGCAUUCACGUGGGGGAAAAACCCUAUAUAUGUAAUGAAUGUGGCAAGGCUUUUAGUCACAACUCAUCCUUUACUCAACACCAGAAAACUCACACUGGUGAGAAGCCCUACAAAUGUAACGAAUGUGGGAAAACCUUCAGCCAGAACUCUUCCUUGACACGCCACCAGAGGAUUCAUACUGGGGAGAAACCCUAUGAGUGUAACGUUUGCAGGAAAGCCUAUACCCAGAUUUCCCACCUCAGUCAACACCAGAGGAUUCACACUGGAGAGAAACCUUAUGAGUGCAGUGACUGUGGAAAAGCAUUCAGUCGGAGCACACACCUUACUGAGCAUCAGAAAAUCCACACAGGAGAGAAGCCCUAUAAGUGGAAGGAGUGUGGGAAGGCAUUCAGUCACAACCAUUCCCUUACUCAGCAUCAGAGGAUUCACACUGGUGAGAAACCCUAUGCCUGUAAGGAGUGUGGGAAAGCCUUCAACCAGAGCAUUCACCUUAUUCAGCAUCAGAGAAUUCAUACAGGAGAAAAGCCUUACAAAUGUAACAACUGUGGGAAAACCUAUAUCCAGACCUCACACCUCAUUCAACACCAGAAAGUUCACAUGGAUGGCAGACACUAUGUAUGUAAAGAAUGUGGAGAGGAUUUCAGCUGGAGUUCACACCUGGCUGAACAUCAGAGACUUCACACUGUGCAAAACACCUAUGUCUGUGAUGAUUUUGAGAAAACCUUUGUUUGGAGGACACAGCUUGCUGAUCAUCAGAGAACUCAUGCUGAUUAG